CACGUCAACGGUGGGGGGCUAGGGGGUGACAUCACCCACCCCCCCUCAACUGCCACCAUCCUCACUACAUCAUGGCGGGGCUGACUCGCAUCGAGCGUCACGGCACCAUCUUCUCGCGGGUGCGCGACCUAAUGCGUGCCCAGGUGGUCAAGGAGGCGGACCGGCCACUGUGGUACGACAUCUACGCUGCCUUCCCGCCGAAGCGCGAGCCCAAGUACCAGGGCACGUGGACGCCACUGCUGCCCACGCGCUCGCAGCGCAAAGUCGCGCACCGUGAACAGCUGCGCCCCGAGCCGGACCCCGUGCGCCCCAUCGUUUACGCCGAGGACACCGUUCGCGCGCGAUUUUUCCAGACGUACACUGCGGGCCGGUACGACCUCACCAGACCCAACUUUGUGUCGCUCUCACAGAGGUUUGUGCAGCGCUAUGAGGAUCUUCAGGCAUCUGGGGAUCACCUUGAAGAGAAUCUAUUUGAGGAAACUGGGAAAGCAUUGUUGGCAGAUGGCAUUGUACUGCGGCGAAAAGGCGGCAAGCUUGAAACAGAGGCAGAAGCGACCCCUGUGGGAGCAUCAGACCAGCCUUCUGAACCCACAACAUCUUAACCACAAAACAACACGUGCACCAACAACUGAAUACUGUGACAUUCAUUGAACCAGCUUAGAGAGCUCACUGGUUGUGUAUAUCUAUUCUGAAGAGAUAUUCCAAAUAAUUCACACCAAAAUAGUUUCAUCUCUUUUAAAUGAGCUAAAGGAACCAUCACCCACACCGCUCGUCGUGACCUUUAUCGCUAGCGGAGACUUAAUGCUCGGGGAAAAAGAUUUCACCUUGCUAAGACUCCUGUACAUCAUGAUAAUAAUUUAUAUUGUGGUCUAGUAUGCAUGUACAACAUGGGCACAUGUACAUGCCCCCCCCCCCCCCACCCUAUGGGCUCCCAAAAGUAUUUUACCUGGGUCAAAGAAAAAAUAUGACAACCAGGGUUGCAGUCAGUUUCCUCUAACUCGAAAGGGUCACACUACACCACAGUGUACGAAUCACUGCACCACCACUGCCAUUAUAACAAUUCCAAAAGUGAGUGUUGGAGAUAGACCUUAAUGAUGGAUCAAAUUUACAUCAUGUGGCAAAUAAUGUUUUCAAGGGAUUGUGGAUUUUUUUUGUCCAUUUGGCAAUGCUGCCCUCUAUUGAGAGGCAAAUCAGAAACCAGUGAAGGGUGCAUGCCUGGAUUUUUAUCAGCUCAGUUUAUUUUGAGUUGAGGCUGAUUGCCCUAAGAUGAGAUUUUCAUUGGCUACCUGACCAUAACGUCUGAUACGGUAUCAAACAUGUGAUGGGAAGGUAGGGUUUAGAGAGGUUGCAUUGAACACCAUGGGCAUUUUAUGAACAUGGAUAAUUACCAGAAUUGUACGCAAUCGAAAGCUUGUGCAUCUGAUCCAGCUGUAAAUAUAUGGUGAUCACCCUGGUCAUACACAAGAUAUUUGAUGUCGCAUAAUUUACACUUCAUGAUUGGCUUGGUAAUACCACAGUCGCUUGGGUAUUUCACAGAUUUGAUUCGUUUUUUACUGCAGGAAAACAUCUGUUUAAUAAAGAACUAUUUAUGAUCCCUAAUCUUGCCUUUUUUAAGUUUUCACAAACCUACACAAUGUACAUUAAGCAAGCAAAAGCAAAUUGAUGUCACCAGCACGAGAGAGUUAUACCUCUGAAUUUCUGAAUGCUAACCAAUUACAGCAGGACACCUUAUCGGAGCUGUGUAGGACACUGAAUUGUGGAUAUGAACAUCGAGGAUAUGAGAUGUUUCACAACUUUAACUCCUAAGAUUUUAUUUCCUCCUGAGUUUGGCAACUCCUGUUUCCUACAGUGACUUCCGUUGCAGUAUUGCUUUUAAUUAAAAAAAAUGACAUCGCC